GCUAUCCGACACCAUUCGAAAGGCGGAUCCUUACUCACUGAAGCCGCAGGACUUAUCCAACAUCGCCUGGGGUCUGACGAAGCUCGGUAUCCAAAACUCCUUGCUCUUCUCGCUGCUCUCGGAGCGAAUAUUGGUUCGUAUUGAUUCCUUCCAGCCGGUCAACCUUUCGAUGACUCUCUGGGCCUUCGCAAGGUCCGGGCUGUCUGACGAGAGGCUUCUGCGCGCUGCCGCCCAGGAGGUGAAGACUCAGCUGAAGGAUUUCGAGCCACAGCAGAUU